CAGAAACUUAAUUGCAUAUAUUUAAUAAUAGCCCUUGUUUCAUUAUUACCCGCGCAUCUCAUGUUCGCCCACUGUAUUCCAACUCAGAUCUCCUCAUGGCCCGAUUGCACCGCUUGAUUGACUCCCCGGAAGCACCCGACCAGGGGUUCCAGACGAGGAAUCAUCGGACCACCAGACGGCCUCGAAACGCCGCUCUCACCACGCGAUUGACGGUUAUCGAUAAUGCAAGAUACGGGCAUUUUUGGUGAGACGAUAUGGUAUAUAAUGAACAAGACAUCAUUCUAGAUUUUGGUAUCAUCACUCUCAAGCUCAUUAAUUACUGCUGAUUGAACUGCAUUGCACUAAAAUUCACCUGUAAUUUCGACCAUCUCUGCCACGAUAAUUAUCUCUUCGCAAUACCAAAAUGCAACCAGUUCUCAGAGUCAUGCCCACCGGUCAAAAGAUCGUCCCUCUUCUCUUGACAGUCGGCAGCGCCACUGUAGUAGGUGGAUGCGUGCGCACACAAUUGAAGACACAAUCACGGACAUUCGAUAGAAAAUUCAGUCAAUACAAUACGGCACAAAGUGAGCAGACUAUGAAAACUGUUAUUCACGAACUUUGGUUAGAGGCUUAGACUUGGAAUCUUAAAAUUGCGAUUAGAAUACUGCGGGCACGGUAUAGACAUCGGAAUACAGGCUAGAAUGGCGUUCUGGUUUAGGUUUACAUAUCACGACAUAAUGACAAUAUCAUGAAGAAUUACACGCCAUCUUUGCACCGAAUGUCAGUCCAGUGAUGCAAAACGAUCUAUUCAAGACAAGGAAAACCAUCGCGACGCGACAACCGUAGCGGCGAGUCGCCGAUCUGGAGCGAGCGGCUUAGAUAGGCAAUUCCUUCAAGUCCUUAUGAAUCUGUGUCAGAAUGCUAGGAUGCUUCGCCUUGAAUCCCAUCGCAGUAGCGCGAUCGCCCUUCAUGAGCAUGUUCGAACCGACAAGAUACUUGACUUCUCCCUCACCAGCCUGUUCGAACUCAACACUCUUGGGCUCAGGGCUCGAGAAGACACCUCGCGCAUGCAUCAUCUUCGCAAGCUCAGUAGCUAGAUCCUUCCAUGCGACGUGACUAGUUUCUAGCAUAUAGAAACGACUGUAUGGAGAACCCUCGGCGGGGCCUUGGGCUGCAACUUCGGAGAUCUUGACGAGGAAGUCGACUAGGUCUAGAAUGUGACACUGCAGAAGUCAGUAUGCGUUAGAGAGAUAGAGGAGAAGUA